AUGUUCAUAUUGUCAACUUCAUACUUUCGAGCGAAUGCUAGUUGGGAUGAUUGGUGGACGUACGAUGGCAUUUCAGGUCCAUCAUUUUGGGGAUUAAUUAAUCCACAAUGGUCUUUAUGUAGCAAAGGUAGGCGACAAAGUCCCAUCAAUAUUGAACCAGACAAAUUACUUUUUGAUCCUCAUUUGAGGUCCAUUCACGUAGAUAAACACAAGAUCUCUGGAUUUUUGUGUAAUACCGGACAAUUUUUAGUAUUUCGUACAAAUAAGGAAUCGAAGAUGCGUGUUAACAUAACUGGUGGGCCACUUGCAUAUCACUAUCAAUUUGAAGAGAUUUACAUUCAUUAUGGACAAGAUGAUAAUCAUGGUUCUGAACAUCACGUAAACAACUAUGCGUUUCCUGCCGAGAUUCAAAUUUAUGGUUUCAAUGCAGAACUUUAUCAUAAUAUGAGUGAAGCCCAACACAAAAGUCAAGGACUCGUUGCAAUUUCUCUUAUGGUCCAGCUUGGCGAUACGCCAAAUCCUGAGUUAAGAAUAAUAACCAGUUUAUUUAACAGGGUGCAGUUUCGAGGUUAG